UCUACUCAUUUCAGUCUGCAGGCAGGAAGAGAUGGCAGCUGGGGAGACACAGGUCUAUGCAAAGGUCAACAACAAGCUCAAGGGCCGCAGCGCCGCCUCGCUUCUGGACCCCCUUCUGAGCAUGGGCUUCCCAGCACACACCGCGCUGAAGGCCUUGGCAGCUACGGGGAGAAAGACGGCGGAGGAGGCGGCCGACUGGUUGCAAUGUCACUGCAAUGACCCUUCCCUAGAUGACCCCAUCCCCCAGGAGUAUGCCCUUUUCCUCUGUCCCACGGGGUCCCUGCUGGAAAAACUUCAAGAGUUCUGGAGAGAGAGCAGGCGUCAGUGCACCAAGAACAGAGCUCAUGAGGUCUUCCCUCACAUAACGCUCUGUGACUUCUUCACGUGUGAAGACCAGAAGGUGGAGUGUCUGUACGAGGCUCUGAAGAGAGCAGGAGACCGGAUGCUGGGCUCCUUCCCCCCGGUGGUCCCUCUGGCUCUGCAUUCUUCCAUCAGCUACCUUGGCUUCUUCGUGAAUGACAGCCCCGCCGAUGUCAUCCGGGAAUUCGCCAUGACGUUCGCCACAGAAGCAGCCGUGUUAGCAGACUGCACAGUGAAGCCUUGCACCAAGCAGCUGCACCUGACGCUGGCCCACAAGUUCUACCCCCACCACCAGAGGACGCUGGAGCAGCUGGCCAGAGCCGUGCACCCGGGCCACAGCUGCCAGUGGACCGCGGCGCUGUACUCGCGGGACAUGCGCUUCGUGCACUACCAGACCCUGCGGGCCCUGUUUCAGUACAAACCCCAGAACGUGGACGAGCUGACACUAAGUCCCGGCGAGCUCAUCUUCGUGGACCCCACGCAGCAGGAGGAAGCCAGCGAGGGCUGGGUGAUUGGGAUCUCGCAGCGGACGGGCUGCCGGGGCUUCCUGCCGGAGAACUACACCGAGCGAGCCAGCGAGUGUGACACCUGGGUGAAGCACAGGACAUACACCUUCAGUCUGGCCGUGGACCUGAACUCCAGAAAGGACGGAGAAACCAGCAGCAGACGAAAUGGGGAACCGCACCCUCUGCCAAGGCCGAGGAGCACGGGCAGCCCUCAGGCUAUGCAGGCGGCCAUCGUGAGGAGGAGCGUGCUGGUGGUGCGCCACGGGGAGAGAGUGGACCAGGUCUUCGGGAAGACGUGGCUGCAGCAGUGUACCAGUCCUGACGGGAAGUACUACCGGCCAGACCUGAACUUCCCUUGCAGCCUGCCCCGACGGAGUAAUGGCAUCAAAGGCUUCGAAAACGAUCCACCUUUAUCCUCCUGCGGAAGUUUCCAGUCCAGGACGGCAGGAGAAGCGCUGCUGGACAGCGGCAUUCAGAUCACCUCCGUCUUCACCUCUCCAGCCCUCCGCUGUGUGCAGACAGCCAAACACAUCCUGGAAGAGCUCAGACUGGAGAGAAAGUUGAAGAUGAGAGUGGAACCCGGAAUAUUUGAGUGGACGAGAUGGGAGACCGGCAAAACCGCCCCAACCUUCAUGACGCUGGACGAGCUGAAGGAGGCGAGUUUCAAUGUCAGCACUGAGUACAGGCCUGCGUUCCCCUGCGCCUCCCUCCUGCCGGCUGAGAGCUACAGCGAGUACGUGGACAGGUGUGUGGCCAGCGUGAAGCAGAUGCUCAGCAGCUGCCCACAGGACGGCGUCAUCCUGAUCGUGGGCCAUGGCUCGACGCUGGGCUCCUGCAUGCGCCCUCUCCUCGGGCUGCCGCCCCACAACUGCGCAGACUUCGCCCAGCUGGUGAAAAAGGAGCUGGAUCCUGGACAGCUAGGAGCCACCAUGCUGUGUGCACCGCUUCACAACGAGGACACGGAGCGCAGAGGCUGCAAGACGCUGUGGCGCGGGGGUCUCAGCCUCGCCCAACGUGAUCUGCAGCACAAAAGGCACUUUCGGGCUCUGGGAAGCCUGCCAUGCUCGUGUUUCUUGCCGCCACCUGUGGCUCUGUGACCCUGCGGCUCUGUGACCCUGCGGCUCUGUGACCCUGCGGCUCACGGGCGCAGCUUUGUGAUGCCACCUGGGAACGUGUCUGCCCUGUGGCCUGGAGGGAAAUGAGAACUGUGACUGCAGUUUCCAGGAAGUAAAGACCCACCAGCCACACCCACAAGGAGAUGUCCACUUUAUUUCAUAUGUUCCUAUUUGCCAACUUCCCAACCGUUUUCCCCUUUUCUAUUAUCAUCACUCUUUGGCUAUGUCGGGCAGAAAGAGGUAGAAUGUUCAAUGAAAUGAGAAAUUAUCUCUCAGACAAAACCAAGAAACUGCUGUUUGGUGACCACACCCCUACGGGUAGUAGCUUCCUGUGGCUGCUGUCUCAAGUCACCACCACAGAGUGGUAAGGACAACACGGUCUUAAAACCCACACAGGAGUCCGGCCGUGUGGCUCAGUGGAUUGAACAUCCUCCCAUGGACUGA